AUGACGCGACCCAAGCAGGAUGAAAGUAAAUUCAAGGCAUUCAUGCAGGAGAAUGUCCUUACCAUGGCCACCGUUAUUGGUGUGUUUGUGGGAGGACUCGUCGGCUUUAUUAUUAAAAACAGCACAGGCGAGUGGACAAAGCGAGAGAUCAUGUACAUAUCCUUCCCGGGCGAGAUCUUUCUGCGGAUGCUUAAAUGUUUGAUUGUGCCGCUGUUGGUAUCAUCAAUUACCAGUGCCAUUGGUGGCCUGGAUUUGAGCAUGUCCAGCAAGAUUGCCACAAGAGCCAUCACAUACUACUUUGUGACCACCAUAUCGGCUGUAAUUUUGGGCAUUUGUCUGGUGACCACUCUGCGUCCCGGCCAGGGAGCCAAGAUUGUGGAAACCCAGACGGAGAGCAUUGAUAAGGCCUCGAAGGUGCUCACUCCAGACACGCUUAUGGAUCUGGUGCGAAACAUGUUUACGGACAACAUCAUCCAGUCCACCAUGUUCCAGCACCGCACUGAGAUCUUUGAGAACACUACCAUUAGCCCUGCACAACCCAUGGAGAACUGGGAAUUCAAGUCGGCCCAACGUGAGGGCUCCAAUGUUCUUGGUUUGGUAAUGUUCAGCGUAAUCCUGGGUACCACCAUUGGCAGGAUGCGUGAAAAGGGACAAUUGCUGCAGGAUUUCUUUACCACUCUGAGUGAGGCCAUGAUGACCAUCACUUCAUGGGUUAUCUGGAUUUCCCCAUUGGGCGUGGGUUUCCUGAUAGCUGCCAAGAUCAUUGAGAUGGAGUCGAUAGCUGCCACAAUACAAUCGUUGGGAUGGUACUUUAUAACAGUCAUGAUAGGACUCUUCCUGCAUGGUUUUGGUACCAUUGCUGUGAUCUUCUUCCUGGGCACCCGACGACUUCCCUACCGCUAUAUUGCCAAGCUCAGCCAGGUUUUGGCCACGGCCUUUGGCACCGGCUCUAGUUCUGCCACAAUGCCACUGACUAUCAAGUGUCUGGACAACAUGGGCAUUGAUCCACGAGUCACUCGCUUUGUCAUUCCUGUGGGAGCCACCAUUAACAUGGAUGGAACUGCUCUCUAUGAGGCAGUGGCUGCCUUAUUUAUUGCCCAAUACCGUGAGAUGAGUUACUCUUUUGGCACUAUUGUGGCCGUGAGCAUAACAGCAACGGCAGCUUCCAUUGGAGCCGCAGGAAUUCCACAGGCAGGACUUGUCACCAUGGUAAUGGUGCUGGACACUGUAGGCCUGGAGCCGAAGGAUGUGUCCCUUAUUAUAGCUGUGGAUUGGUUACUGGAUCGCUUCCGUACCACCAUUAAUGUGAUGUGCGAUGCCCUGGGUACUAUUUUGGUGAAUCAUUUGUCGAAGAACGAUCUGGCCAGCGUGGACAGGCUGAAUGCCGAGCCCCAUGAGCUCCUCGAGCUGGGCCCCAAUGGUCACGAGAUGAAGGAAUGAAGGCAGUCUUCGCUUGGCGCCUAUAACCGCAAACGAUGAGUGGACAUGUCCCGGCUGUGGGCCUGUUUCCACAUCCUGCCCAGCAACGAUAGCGACAGCGAUGACUAUGACGAUGACGAUGAGGAGUUUUAAAGGAUCGUCGCAAGUUUAGUAUCAAAAUCGCAUCGCUACUGGGACGGAGUCAUCAUGUUUGUUUUGCGGAGUAUUUUGGGUGACCAAGUCGCAUCUAAUUUCCAGAUUGAUUAAUUUUGAGGCAGAGCUCCUCCGGCGGAGAGGGGAAGGAAGUCUGCCGGAGUACAAGUACUAAAGCCAGCAACGAAUUUAUGUGACACAUUCGUUAUCUAGUUUGUUUUUCCGAAAGUUAAGGAGCGCAGAAAGCGAGGACAAAUAAGAUUUAAGUUGAAAACAAAAGAACUUUAUCGUCUAAAUUAGGAGAUACUUUCACGGUGUAAAUAAUUUUUAAAUAUAAUUAUAUUAAAUUGAGUUCAAAUUUGCAUUACACUCUCCCCCAUAUGCCUAGUAUUAUUAACAGCAAACAAAACAAAAAACGAAACGAAAGAGUAAACAAUCCGAGCUCCAUGCAAUUGCAUUUUCUUAGAAAUCUACAAGUCCUUCGAGAUUCGUAUCUAGUAUUUGUUAAUGGUUAUUCUACGAGUUUUCCGACAUAGCGAUUACAACAAUAAAAAAAGAAACACAAACAAAAAGACAAGAAGAUAAAUAGAACGAAAAAUAAGUUACAAUUACUAACUAAUAAAAAUAUCAAUUAAAAUCGAAUCAGAAUUACAAAUGCCGUUACAAGUUCGUGUUCAUAGUUGAGCUUUGUAAAUACUUAAUAGCUUAAGUAUACAUAUUAUAAAUCUUUAUGGAAAAUAUUUAUAUUUAAAGCGUGGCAAACGAAUUCUUGAAAGACAAUAAUAGCGACAAGCUGUCAAUUUAUACGCAUAACAAAUUAAUUGAAUAUUAUUAACGUAAAUUUAAAACCCCACCAUAGAUCCAGAGUAUACAAGAAAGUAAACAAAACACAAAUUUAAAACAUAUUUCAACGUUUACCAUGCUUUCAGCCAAAAAAGGGAAAAGAGAGAAUUAUUUAGGUUACGAAUCAUCAAAAUGUUUGUAGUUGUGCGUAGUCUAAAUAUAUGUUUACUAAUAAAACUUUAUGAAUAUUUAACGAAA